AUGGCUGAAGAGCUCAUGGAGAUGACGUGGUUGGGCGUCGCCUGCGCUGCAGCAGGCGCCGUCGUUGUGCCGCUGCUGCUGCACCGCAUCUUCUUCUAUGAGAAGGCGAGCCAUGAGAGCUCAGCGGGCAGCAGCUCGCUCGAGGAGUACAUGACAAAGCAUGGUAUGAACGAACUGGACGCUAAAUUCCAAGUCGCCGUUGAUUUCGUGGCUGCGCGGGGUAACAACAAGCUCACGAACGAGCAGAAACUGACGCUGUAUGCGUUCUAUAAGCAAGCACAUUUUGGCAAAUGCAGUGUGGACAAGCCUUCUGCGGUGGAUAUGGUGGGAUCGGCCAAGUGGGAGAGCUGGAAGGCGCUGGGUGACAUGAACCAGGAUCUGGCCAAGCAUCAGUACUUAGAAUGGGUACAGGACCUGUUCGAGGAGUUUGACGUGCAUGGUCCUAAGCGAUGGCGCUCGUCCUCGUCUUCGUCGUCACCAAAGGCUACGAGUGAACCCAUGUCGUUGGAUGGAUCCAUCUCGAUGGCUGGAGCAGUUAGCUUGCCCAAAGUGGACAUGUCAACCGAAGAGUGGAAGGUGAACGACGAUAUAUUCCACUACGCUAGCACAGGGGAUCUAGACAAGCUUUUGGCUGCCUUAGACCACGGCGAAAAUAUUAACGCUCAGGACCCAGAAGGACGAACGAUGAUGCAUUGGGCUGUGGACCGGGACCAGAUGACCAUAGUGGAGGAAUUACUGCGACGUAAGGCGUCUCCGAACGUUCAGGACACUGAAGGAAUGACUCCGCUGCACUACGCGGCCAGUUGUGAGCGCGAGGAGAUGGCCCAAUUGCUGGUUAAACACGGCGCAUUGGUGGAUAUCGAAGACCUUGACGGUGACACACCGCUUAUGACAGCCGCUAGCCAAGCGCUCCAGUCGAUCAUGGCGGAUGGCACUACGCAGUAAAAUGGAGAUACCUCGGAAGCCAGGCACACACCAUAGAACGAGAAGUACCGUUAGUAUCAUCAUGUUAAGCUAAGUGGGUUAAGAUGAAAAGAACGAGGCGGUUGGAACCG